AGCACCUCCAAUCCCAACCUCCGUUCUUCCCUGAACGGUGGCAACUGGACCGACAGUCCCUACCUCAAAGCGCAGCUCUUGGCACAGGAGCAGCUCGAUCCGAUGGUCAUUUUCGGCCCCCCUGCGCCUCUCAACAUGGAGGAGGUGUUUAGCAAGGAUAAGAGCAGACAUCAUCGGUUCAGGGCCAGGACGAGCAGCGCGAAUUGGGAGGGCCAGGAUCGGUUGACGGAGGAGGAU